UGGGCAUUUCGUCAUGGCUGACGAGGGCUGGCCAGGCUGUGCGAAGAGUUUGAAAGGUGUGAUUCUGGACAUGUGUGGAGUUCUGUAUGACAGCGGGGAGGGCGACGGGGUGGCGAUACCUGGAUCUAUCGAAGCUGUGAGGAGGCUGAAGGAAUCUGACCUGCAGCUGCGAUUCUGCACCAACGAGACUCAGGCCACCAGGGAGAAGUUUGUAGCCAAGCUGCAAAGACUGGGCUUUGAUAUCUCUGCAUCUGAAGUCUUCCCACCUGCUCCUGCAGCCAUAGCAGUCCUCAAGGACAGAAGUCUACGGCCUCACCUGCUGGUGCAUGAUGGACUUCUCCCCGAGUUUGACGGUGUCGACAAAACCAACCCAAACUGUGUGAUCAUUGGAGAUGCAGCUGAAUAUUUUUCCUACCAGAACUUGAACGAGGCAUUCAGGGUCCUUAUAGGCCUGGAGAAGCCAGUGCUGUUCUCUUUGGGCCAAGGGAAGUACUACAAGGAGACGGAUGGUUUGAAGCUAGAUGUCGGAGUUUACAUGAAGGCUCUGGAGUAUGCCUGUGAUUUGAAGGCUGAAGUAAUCGGAAAGCCAUCGCCAACGUUCUUUCAGAGUGUUCUCAAUGACAUGGGCCUCCAGUCACAUGAGGCUCUUAUGAUCGGGGAUGAUCUCUUAAAUGACGUCGGUGGGGCCCAACAUUGUGGAAUGAAAGGUGUACAAGUCAGGACUGGCAAAUACAGAUGGCCAAAAGAGAGUAAGUAUGGACCACACACAUUCUAAGAAGCACAUUAUUUUGAAGGCAGUAAUUGGCCUGCACAGUCGACUGUGAGUAACAGAUUUAUUGAAGAACAGUUGCUCUGGAGUCAUUUGGUCUGCUUUGAUACAGUGAAAACAGAGACAUUCUUUUACUGCUAUGGCAAGUGUAUUUUUAUUGAGACAUUUUCAAGGACAGUACGUAUCGGGAUUUGCAACAUGACUUGCAAUGCUUUUGUGCUUGGUGUCUUUAAUCAGCUCAGUCAUAUUCUCAGAUAAAUAUUAAUACAACAUACAACAGAGAGUGUGUUAGUAGUGCAAUAAGUGUCGUCAGAUUUACCAUUUGUAGAAAAUCCUUUUUUAUUAUUUUACAUAUUUUUCCCCAUUAAGUGCUCUCACGUUGUUAUAAAAACAUAGAAGAAAUAAAAGUAAUCCCUGAUGAAAAUAUUUGGACAGACUAGUACGGAGCAGUUUGCACAGUUUUUGGGGGUGCCUCUCCUUGAGAAACCCUCUUCUCGUUCUCCAUGUACGCCUGCACCGACCUCCACAGCGCCCUGAUGUUCCCCUCGCCAAAACCUGUUGCCCCUCUUCGCUCGAUCAGCUCCAGGAAGAAGGUGUCUUCUGCAAAUAUGGGCUUGGUGAACACCUGAAGGAGGUAUCUGAAAAUAAAAUGACAAACCAGAGGAAGCUUGGUUGACACAUCACACCUUCAGCCUCUGUUUCACCAGAAUUUCUCACAGAGGGUUUCUUUCAUCAUUUUUUAUUAUUAUUAUUAUUAUUAUUAUUAUUAUUAUUAUUAUUUAAUACAUACUUAAUAUUCAUCAUUCUUUCUUUAGAACAGCUCCACUGUCACAAGGACAGAUACAGAAAAUCAUUCCUGCUCAGUACAAUAACUGUGUUUAACUCCAGAAAGCUCUCAGGUCUCUCUGCUUUCUAACAUCUUUGUUGCUUUUGCAGUUAUCUGUUUUUCUGCUGCUGUUGCAUUACUUGGACAUGUUGCACUGCUGAUUACAGGACUUUAUAUUUACUUAUUGACUAUAUAUUUUUUAUUGCUACCAUUUGACACUUUAUGGUGCAAAAUUCAAUUCAGUACAUUUUCUAUUCAUAGUUUAUUUUACACGUUAUUGUGCAUUUUACAUCUUUGAAUAUUUUUGUAUUCUUUUAAUAUUUAUAUUAUAUUUUUUAUUGUCGUGGUGGUCACUUUACUGUUUCUAUUUCCGACCGUAACAACAGAAUUUCCCCUUGGGGAACAAUAAAGUAUUUCUAUUAUAUUUCAAAAACCUAAAACAUAUCCAAGGGUUUUCUGUACAUAAUGCAAAUGAAAUUGAUAUUUUAAACUGCAUUGGACAGUAAAAUAUGAACAGAUCCUGAUUUUAGUAAAGACAACUGAUAAAAAUAUAACAGUUCACAUGGCUAACACUUAUUGAAAAAGGUGUUACAGAGGCCGAUAUGAAAAAAAGUUGUAAAUGUGUAAACCUCAAAGGUGCUACACACCAGCAUCAACUUUUUAUCUCUUUAGAAAGACAGAUAAAAUAAAAAGUCUAUCAGAAAUUAGACUGUUUGGAAGAGAUGCAAGUCUAAAAGAGGUGUGAGAUUACAGCUCCUGAUUGCCUCUCACCUUCUGUUUUCGCUGGAUGUCGUCUGCGAUAAGGGAUCCUGGUGCAGGUCUGUAUCCAGGAGAAUGCCGUGCUGUGCCAGCAUCUGGGGACUGUGUCCUGCUUCUUCUAUUUCCUGCUGUUUUCCCACCUGUCACAGCACAUGGGAUGAGUGAAAUAUUUGCCAACCAUGGUAGUUUGUUAAUAAAGUUAAUGUAAUACUGAAACGUAACAACAUUAGGCUGUGCAAUAUGGUGUAUAAUUACAAUAUGGAGUCUUAAUUUUUGACUAAUGGCACUUAAAUGUGUGUACGUAUGCAGAGUCACUAGUUAUAGAGUCAGCUAUAUUGUUUACUGGCACAAAGAAUGUGUCCCUCUUUGUGCCGGGUGAUAUCGCAACUUGGAAAAGAUUGAUUAUGAAUUGCGCUUUCUGAAUAAAUUUUACAUAGAGAACCUACAAAUAAAAGUCAGUCCUGCUCUGGAAUUUCAAAAACACAACUCUGUUUUGUUAUUUUAUGUAUUGAGAAUCUUAUUGCAGACUACAUAGUCCCUUUUCAACCUGUUGAAUAAAACAGGGUUUAUGUCUAGCA